AUGGGCUCGAACGACCCACUGAGAUUUAGGGGUUCCAAGCCGGGCCAGGCAAUCAAGCCCGGGACGACGCUCCGCAUCUUGUGUGUUGGCGAUUCAAUCACCGUUGGGUUUCUCAGUGAUAUGGAUAGAGGAGAUGGCAACGGAUACAGACUCAAGCUUCUAGAGGACCUGUCAAAAGAUAAGGUGGUCUUUGCAGGAACAGAAACCAUGAAUGGCACAAUGCCUGGCGGUUAUUUCGCGGCUUGGUCGGCCAUGACCAUCAAGUUCAUUUCAGAACAUGUCGGGCCAUCCCUGGCGCAGAGGCCAAAUAUCAUACUCAUUCACGCCGGUACGAAUGACAUGAAUCCCGACCCAAACGUAUCCAGGGAAGGACACGAUCCGAAAGAGGCCGCAGAUCGUCUCGGUGAGCUCAUCGAUAAGACCGUCAUGGCGUGUCCUGAUGCCACGGUCCUCGUGGGGAUGAUCAUCGGCUGUCACGAUGAGACGCAGAUGAGGAACAUCGCUCAAUUUCGAUCCUUGAUCCCGGACAUUGUUAAAGCUCGACAGAAUGCAAAGAAACACGUUCUCGCCGUCGAUUUCUCGACCUUCCCCAUGAAUGCUCUGAGGGACGGCAUCCACCCUACAAAUCCGGGGUACAGGUUGAUGGGGGACUACUGGUACGAUUUCAUCACGCAGAUCCCCGCCGGUUGGAUCCAAAAGCCGAUUGGCGAUGAUCCUCGUCGGUCAAGUGAGCUCCUUCAUGAGAAAUUGACCGAAAAGGUGACGGCAACUUGGUGCCAGCGAAUCUAUCAGUUGGUGUUUGGCAAGACAGCAUAA